GCUAUAAAAUAAGUGAAUUGGAUUAAUCAUUUCUCUCAAAGUCAACAAACAAACCAAAAAGAUUGCAAAAUGGAACAAAAAACAACAAUCUUAAUUCUUUGUUUUGUAAUUUUUCUGUCCGUCUUUUCCAAAUCCAACGCUACCAAUGUUCUUUUUCCCACCCACGACGGCAUGCACAUGGACUCUCCGCCGCCGCCGAUGUCUCCGACGAGCAGAGGCUCCGGCGACGACCUGCACACUCACGACAUGAUGUCACCGGCAAUGCACAUGACUUUCUUCUGGGGAAAAAACACACAAGUUUUGUUUUCCGGCUGGCCCGGGGACCGGUCCGGCAUGUAUGCAGUGGCGCUGAUGUUCGUCUUUUUGCUAGCGGUGGCGGUCGAGUGGCUGUCGUGUUGGCGGGUGAUGACGGAGGCAGGGCCGAGAAAUGUGGCGGCCGGAAUCGUGCAGACGGCGGUGCAUGGGAUAAGAAUGGGGAUUGCGUAUUUGGUGAUGCUUGCUUUGAUGUCGUUCAACGGGGGCGUUUUCAUCGUCGCCGUCGCCGGACAUAUGGUUGGGUUUUUGGUUUUCGGAAGCAGAGUUGUGAAGAAGGAGAAAUCAUCGGCGUACGAUCAGGGAAGUGCCGAUCUUCCAUCUAGGGUUUGCUGACCAAAUUAUAUAUUUGAUCAAAAGUUACAUGUGAAUUUUACUAAUUUUCGUUAUUUUUUAUCUAAUAUUCUCUUCU